AUGUGUUUGGGAUGUAGUAAUCACUUAGUCUUGAAUAUAUUUUUAACUGGUUUCGUCUGGCUUCUUGGCAUCGGCCAUGCCUGGAUUGUGAUAAUCGCUUCGGUGGUCAGCGCAUGCAAAGAGAAUCUGAUGAAUAUUUUGAAAGAAGAGAUGGGAGCUCAAGAAAAUAUUUUGAAAGAAGAGAGAGCUCAAGAAAUUAUUUUGAAAGAAGAGACUCGAGCUCAAGAAAAUAUUUUGGAAGAAGAGAUAGGAGCUCAAGAAAAUAUUCCGAAAGAAGAGACAGGAGCUCAAGAAAUGUACUAUUUACCUAGCGAUAACAUUAUCUCGCUGAAUUUUGACGCUGAUUGCAGAAGAUGCCCUGCUGGAGGUGUUCCAGAUGAGGUGUCAGUGGAAAUGCCAGAGCAAUCGAAACCAAAUGCCAAGAUUUAG